UGGGCCGAGGCUGCCCGCCUGGUAGGUGCCGCGCAGCAUUGUGUGAGCGCCGUGUGUGCGCGCCGCCCGCGUCCCGCCGCCGCUUUGUUGGCGGCCGUUGGGGCGUGGGAGGGAGCGCGAGAGGGCGGCAGUGCGUGUGCGACGGAGGAAGUGUGCAAGGGAGCGUGUGCGUGUGCGAGGGAGUGUGCGUGCGUGUGGGGAAGUGCGCGAAGGAGUGCGAGGGGCUGUGUGUGAGUGUGCACGGGAGUGUGUGAGUGAGGGAGCGCGUGUGUGAGGGAGAGUCGGGGAGUGAGGGUGUGUGCGAGGGAGGAAGUGUGUAACGGAGCGCGUGUGUGUGAGAGAGGGAGCGCACGAAGGUGUGAGGGAGUGCGUGAGUGCGAAAGUGUGUGAGUGUGUAAAGGAGGGGGCGUGCAAGGGAGCGUGUGAACGUGAGGCGGUGUGUUCGGCCGUGGGGCUGCCGGUGGGGCUGCGAGGGCUCGAGGGAGGCACUGCCCGUGCGGAGGCGGACGGCAGUGGGUGCGCGGCUCCUGCCGGGCUGUGCGAGGCUGAGCCCGUCCGGCCCUCUGCUCUCCUCCUGUCCCCGUCUGGAGAGGAGAAAUAGUCGCGUCCCUUCGGCAAUGCAUUGGAAAAGUAUCCCAACUCACCAAUGACCGCAAAACAAAUACUGGAAGUCAUUCAGAAAGAAGGGCUAAAAGAAACAAGAAAUGGAACUUCUCCAUUAGCUUGCCUGAAUGCAAUGCUUCAUACUAACACUCGUGUAGGUGAUGGAACAUUCUUCAAAAUCCCUGGGAAGUCAGGACUCUACGCUCUCAAAAAAGAAGAAUCAACAUGCCCUACUGAUGGGACAUUGGAUUUAGGAUGUGAAUCUGAAUUAGAUGGCACUGAAAUGGCUGAGACAAACAAUAAUAAUGGAGAAGAAAAUGGUGUUUGCCCAAAGCAGACAUCUGAAGAAUUGUCUUCCAAUCGUGAUUCGAGCCUUACAAAUGCACCAGUGCAAAGCAAGCUAGUAUCUUCCUUCCAGCAGCACACAAAGAAAGCACUUAAGCAGGCUUUAAGACAACAGCAGAAAAGAAGAAAUGGAGUCUCAAUGAUGGUAAACAAGACUGUUCCUCGUGUUGUUUUGACACCAUUAAAGGUGUCUGAUGAGCAGUCGGAUUCACCUUCAGGAUCUGAAUCUAAAAAUGGUGAAGCAGAUGGUUCUGAUAAAGAGAUGAAACAUGGACAAAAAUCUCCAACUGGAAAACAAACAAGCCAGCACUUAAAGAGGUUAAAAAAAUCUGGUUUAGGACAUUUGAAAUGGACCAAAGCUGAGGAUAUUGACAUAGAAACACCAGGAUCUAUUCUAGUGAACACCAACCUGAGGGCUUUAAUAAAUAAACACACCUUUGCUUCUUUACCUCAGCACUUUCAACAAUACCUCCUGCUUUUGCUUCCAGAAGUAGACAGACAAAUGGGAAGUGAUGGAGUUUUGCGCCUCAGUAGUUCUGCUCUAAACAAUGAAUUCUUUGCGUAUGCAGCACAAGGGUGGAAACAACGUUUGGCAGAAGGAGAAUUUACUCCAGAAAUGCAGUUGCGUAUCAGACAGGAGAUGGAAAAGGAAAAGAAAACAGAGCCUUGGAAAGAAAAAUUCUUUGAAAGGUUUUAUGGUGAAAAAUUGGGAAUGUCGAGAGGGGAAUCUUUGAAACUCACUACAACACAGAACAACGAUGAAGAUGACAGCAAUUCUUUGUGUGGAUCUUCUGGCACACCUGGUUCUUCUAAGCAAGCAACCUUUGAGGAACAUGAACAAAAAGGCACUAAAACUCCAGCACUACCAGAGAAAGAUAACAGUUCAUCUCUUUGUAAUAUGGAGCAGGUUCCUGUCAAGAAUCUAGUGGCAGAGACAGAGGAUAUACUGAUACCUGAGGAAUCAAUCAUUCAGGAGGAGAUUGCUGAAGAGGUUGAGACAAGUAUUUGUGAAUGCCAGGAGGAGAACUACAAAACAGAACAGGAGUUUUCUGAGGAGUCAGAAAGUCCAUCUGGAACAAAUGAAGAAACAGAGGCAGUGCAGCUUGCAGACAAUGCUGAGUCCUGUGUCAUGAUGAAUGAUGUAACUGAUACUGCAUCUCACUUUGAAAUGAAAGUGGAGUUGAAGUCAGAAUGCCCUCAGGAGGAGAUGUCUGUUGUGAUAGAUCAGCUGGAGGAUUGUGUAUCACCAGCACGAUCAGCUUCAUCCGCAAAUUCUGUCAGUGAUACAGCAGAGAAGGAUUCUGAGUCUGCAAAAGAACUAAUUGCUCCAGAAAUGCAAAAUGCUGCUCUGGAGGGCUCUUUGUUCACUGGUGGGGGCAUUGCAGUGGAUAUGGAGCUUCAAAGUGACCCUGAGGAACAAUCAUCUGAGAAUGCUUGUAUUUCUGAGACUUCCUUUUCCUCUGGAAGUCCAGAAGGACCAUGUGUUUGUAUUGCAUCUCCUGGAGGAGACACUCAGUCAACUUCAGAGGAGCCCUGUACCCCAGCAUCUCUUGAAACAGCUUGUUCAUCUGAAGUGUCCAGUACUGAAAACACUGAUGGUGAUAUUCAGCAAAAGGCCACUGAUGAGAACUUGCAUACACCUUUAAUGUCAGAAAUCUCUCCAAUGUCCACCUCACCUGUAACUUCAGAAGCAUCUCUGAUGUCAAAUUUACCUUUAACAUUAGAGGCAUCACCAGUUUCUAAUUUACCUUUAACAUCAGAAACAUCUCCAAUGUCUGAUUUACCUAUAACAUCAGAAACAUCUUCAGUAUCUUCUGUCCUUCUGACUUCUGAAACAUCUGUGGCAAAUAGUUUGCCUCUUCCAUCAGAAACAUCUCCCAUUUCAAAUUCCCCAAGCAAUGAAAGACUUAUUCUGCAACAAAGGAAAUCACCAUGUCUGUCAGAAGAGUCACUCCCUACUUUAAAAGAAGAAAGCUGCACCAUUCCUAAGGUGGUUCAUGAAGAUAAUCUUGUUGUUCAACCAAAGCAACUUCAGAGUGCACCUGAAAAUUUGAAAAUUUUACCUGAUACUUCAGCACUGGAAGAGCCCCAGAGCAAAAGCCUUUGUCAUCAGCCAUGUAAGUCACAUUCUGAAAUUGAGAAAUCCUACGUUUCUUCCAUCCCAGAACACUCCUCCCCUCCAGAGGUGAUCAAAAUUAAAAAUCACAGUAUUCAUCAACGAGGUGAGAAGAAAGGGACUCUCUUGCCUUCAGAGGUAGCUGUCUUACCAGAAGGAUCAAUAGGCAAAAAUAUUGAACUGUUUCCAUCAAAGCAACAUGAAAAGCUAUAUACCUCAUCUCUAGAUAAAUCUUCGUUUUCCGAAGUGUGCAGAAGUAAGUCUCAUAAGCUAACAGGCAGUACCCAAAGUCGACUAGAGAGUUCACAUUCCUCCAAAUCAUUAGAAACCACAAAAUCACCUGAAGUGAGGAAUGAAAGCAGAGACCCAGAGAUUCCAAAGAGGAAAACAGCAGAACAGCACAGUUUUGGAAUCUGCAAAGAGAAGAGAGCUAGGAUAGAUGAUGAUCAGCCUAAUCGUAGUGCUUCGUCAACAAGUCCAUCUGAUAAAGAUCAGCCACUCAGAGAAGAACCCCGAGUUCCACCCCUUAAGAUUCAACUUUCAAAAAUUGGACCACCUUUUAUUAUCAAGAGCCAACCUGUUUCAAAACCAGAACCUCGAGUUUCCGCAAGUACAUCGGUCAGCAGUGGAAGGAACACUGGGGCUAGAACUCUUGCAGAUAUCAAAGCAAGAGCUCAACAAGCACGAGCCCAAAGAGAAGCAGCAGCUGCAGCAGCUGUGGCAGCAGCUGCAAGCAUUGUCUCUGGAGCAAUGGGGACUCCAUGCGAAGGUGGGAAGACAAGAACGCUGGCACACAUCAAGGAGCAAACAAAGGCCAAGCUAUUUGCAAAGCAUCAAGCCAGAGCUCAUUUACUCCAGACUAAUAAAGAAUCAAAGUCACAGUUCAACUCAAAGGAAAGUACCUCAUCUCUAGAAGUAUCAGCGUCUACUGAUACAAAGAUUGAAGGUUCUACCGGUGUCAUUAUAGUUAAUCCUAACUGCAGGUCCCCUAGCAACAAAUCUGUUCAUCACCGUGAGACUACCACUUUAUUACAGCAGUCACUUAACACAGCUACAUUACCAGAAACUGCUACUGAGAUACCUGUGCACAGUUCCGAUGAGAAUAUACCUAUGCCACAAUUGUGUGAGAAAAUUAUUUCAUCUACCUCUACUGAAAGUAACAGUGUGCCAGUGCUUUAUAAUAAAAGUUCAGUCUCUGUGUCUGUUUGCAGCACUGCUAUGUCUGGAGCAAUUAAAGAACUUUCUUUUGCAAGUUCUGUUGAUAAAUCCUCUGUUUUAAUGUCUGUUGACAGUGUGAACACAGCAGUUUCAGCUUGUAAUAUAAAAAUGCUGAAAUCCAUCCAAGGGGCUGAUACUCCAUGCAUAGCCGUUGGACCAAAAUGUAUUGAUAACAGUAACGUACCGGUCUCCAUAGACAGUACAGUCUUAUCAAAUGCCGUCGAUGACAAAAGGUUGCCAAUACCAAGUAGCAAUGCAAAUAAUGCAGUCUCCAGUCAUUAUGCCACUGUGCCAGCUUCAUCCAUUCCAAAUAACUUGCCAAAUCAUCUCUCUGGUAGUUCUGUGUUGAUUCCCCCAGUGGGGACUACCAACAGAUUUUCUUCUGAUAAGAUAGCCAUAACAGGGUGUAAUGAGCAAAGCACUGUCUCCAUCCACACUACCGUCAGGUCAGCUUUAAGUUGCAGUGAGGCUGUUGCAGUAGCAGAUUCUGUCUCAAGGCCACCCAUUUCAAUGUUUACUGGUAACAUGGUGACAAUAAGCUCCUACGAUAAUGCUACUAAAUUAAAUGCUGAUCUCUUAGACAAAAGCUCUGGAGCACGAAACCGAAUGGAUCUCUCGGGUAAAUCUCAGCCAGUGAGCUAUACACAAACUGCCAUGAAUAGAUCUAUACCUUGCAAAGUCAUUGUUGACCACACUACAAAUUUGAAUUCCAGUCUGUCGCUUUCUUCUUCAAUUGAAAAUGCAGAGAACAGCACUGACCUGCAGAGCAGACCUGUACGGACAGAAGCUGCCUUACAAAGUAUAGCCUGUUCUCAGGUGUCUGUAAUAAGCAGGCCUGAAGUAGUCUCUAAUGAAAGCCUUGAGCACAGUUCCAGCUUUAUCAACAUUACAGCAAAGCAAGACAGCAAGAACUUGCAGGCAGGUUGUUCAAGUCUUCGAGAAGUGCCUCUUGCUCCCCAGGAUAAAUUAAUUGAGGUGGUUACUCCCAGCCAAGGUUUUUCUGAGCAGUUAAGAGGUCCUUCAGCAUUUAAAAAUGAAGCAGAUGCUGCCUGUGUCAGUCAGUAUAGCACUAACAAUAGAAUUUGUUGGCAUGAUGAAGAGGCAAUGAGCACAGACCAGCCGGUGGUCAGCCAUCUUAACGCCAGUAAGCAUAAGGAAUAUGCAGAACAAAACUGCUUAAAAAGUGUCAAAACCGAACCUUCCAGUUACACACAAAUGUCAGAGCUGCAGUCCAGGAGUCUUUUGACAAGCCUUGCUGUUCCUGUUAAAUCUGAAACUAAAGAGUCUGACAAGUGCUUCAGGAUGGACACAGAGGAUUUCACAGGUCCUGAAAUGGCAGCCCAGUCCUCAGAAAUAGCCCCAAGCGCUCAGCCAGCGCAGGCCGCCAAGGCACCCAUUGCGGAUUCCAUGGAUGACUCCCUGUCCCUGACAACAGAAACCCUCAAAAGAGUUACGAGUGCUGGGGGCUCAAGCUGUCGCCUCUCGUCAGUGGAGGCCAACAAUCCUUUAGUGACACAAUUACUGCAAGGCAAUCUGCCUUUAGAGAAAGUGCUGCCGCAGCCCAGAUCAGGAGCCAAACUAGAAAUUAGCAGGCUCCCCUUGCCUUUGCAAACUACCUCAGUAUGUAAAACAGCAGUGUCCGAGAGAAAUAUUGUUGAGCAUCCUUCCAGUUCUCCUAACCCAGAUGGUAAAGGAUUUACAGCAGGCGGCAUAGCCCCGCUACAAAUCAGAAAGCGCGAAAACCAUCCAAAAAAGAGGAUGGCCAGGACUAUAGGGGAACACGCUCAAAUUAAAUGCGAGCCUGGGAAGGUGUCAAUGGACAGUGAUGUUAAAGCAACUCCUUGUGUAAUUAGUUCCAGCAUGAACCAGCUAGGGCAUGGGCAGCCAUUUAAACAAGAGUGGCUGAACAAACAUGCAGUUCAGAGCCGCAUCGCUCACAGCCCAGAGAUCAAGCAGCAGAAGAGGCCAUUGCCUUCGUGCAGUUUCCAGCAGAGCUUAUUUCACAUUGAUAAAAAUGGCAGCUUUCACGCAGAAGCUAGUACCUCACAUAGACAGCAUUUUUACCAAAUGUCCAUGGCUGCGAGAGGCCCGAUUCCCACGGCAGCUUUGUUGCAAGCUACAUCAAAAGGCCCACCUGGCUGCAAUGCGUUUACUUUUAGCAGACACCUGGAACAGAAGAACUUGGGAGAUGGGAAUAUUUCUACAGCAGCUCACCAGCUGAGGCUAGGAAGUGUCUUUUCCCCCAGUAUUCAGAUUAAGGAAGGUGAUGACAUUGCCAGUGCCUCUCAGACACUCCAGAGUAAAACCUUAGUGCAUCCUCCCCCUCCACCUCCACCCCUGCCUCCUCUUCCCCCUCCUCACCCAAAUGUAGAUGUCCCCUCUGAUCAAAAACAACCGACAGUUACUAUGGAAACCACAAAAAGACUUAGUUGGCCUCAGCCAGCAAGCAUCUGUAGCAAUAUAAAAUCUGAACCUGUUUCUUUUGAGGAAGGUUUAAGCAGCAGCUGCGAACUGGGCAUGAAACAAGCUUCCUAUGAUCAGAACGAAGUGAAAGAACAGUUAAAAGCAUUUGCAUUAAAGAAUGCAGAUUUCUCUUCCUAUUUACUCACUGAGCCACAGAAGCCUUUUACCCAACUUGCUGCUCCAAAAAUACAGACGCAGCACCUGCAGCCACAGCAGCAGCAGCAGCAACAGCAGCAGCUCUGUGGAAGUUAUCCAACAAUACACUUUGGUAGCACAAGCUUCAAAAGGGCAGCAUCUGCAAUUGAGAAAUCGAUUGGGAUGCUAGGAAGUGGCUCGAACGCUGCCACGGGCCUGUCUAACCAGAACGCGCAGAUGCCGGUUCAGAAAUUUGCUGACAGUAGCAAUGCCGAUGAACUGGAACUGAAAUGCUCUUGCAGGCUGAAAGCCAUGAUCGUGUGCAAAGGCUGUGGCGCCUUCUGUCAUGAUGACUGCAUAGGGCCUUCCAAACUGUGUGUAGCUUGCCUGGUUGUACGGUAGAGACUGGGACAAAGAUGCAGUAUCCCUUGUCAGCGCGGGAGAACAGGGCAGAGGAAUGGAGGGAUGGAACAGUUUAGGCCAUUAACAGUUUGCAAUUAGUUGUUUGGCUGUUUAUUUUUGUUAUUUUUUUUUCCCCCUCAUGGUGCUUUCAGAAUUCAGUUAUUCUGGCCUAAGUGCCAUUUGCAGGAAAGAAGAGAAAACCUGUAGGACUAGUUUUAAAAAAACUGAGAACUUUGCCACCGAAGCUUCUAUGAACAUUCAUGCUGUGUAUAAAAAGAUUUAAAAAAAAAAAGGCAUUUUUGCAUGGCAUUUCUAGCUCCUAUUUAUUUGCACAAAGUGCAGCACAUUUUCCCCCAUUUCUUUAAUUGUUGAUAGAAGCUACAGGUUAAAGAUCAGUGGAAAAUUAACUCUACGAGAAGUGGAGUACUAUGCAGAACUGCACACUGCAUGCCAACUGCCCAUCUCAUGUAAGGCAGUGGGAAGGUGUGCACAUUGGUCAUAGUAGCCUCUCAGUUACUUUGCAGUUUUUCUGCUAAUUGAAUUGUUUUCUUAAAACUUUUACUGUCUAGAGCUAAAAUAUAGUCACCUCACUUAGCAAAAAAUAAGGAAUUUAGAUCAUUAGAGGAGUUUCCUCACGUGCCUGCUGGAGAUUAUAGAAUUGAAAUAUUACUUAUCAUCUCUUCUCUUUGAUUCCUUGAGAAAGACUCAUAUCUGUGAUGGGUUAGUGAGACCAGCACUGGAAUCAUGUUGCCUUCAGUAGAGUCUCGAGAAAGUAACUUCUCUACUGGGGAUUAGAAGCCUCUUUUCCUGUUUCCUACUCAAAUAUUCUUUAUUUGUAUUUGUCUAUCUAAUCUUUCCACUUGGUUCGUCAGUCCCAAAUAUAUAUAGGGUCAGAUGUAUGUAAUAGUUCUGGAUAUUUUAGCCUUUCUGUGGCCUAAAAUUGAUGCAUCCUUAUGAUGAUUCAAUAAGGAAAGAUUCUAAUUGUGUAUUGAUUGAAUAUUAGAUUAUCUGUUAUUUUUCCUUUUAUGUGAGCUACUCAAAAUAACAUCUGAAUUUUGUCACUUAAAGUCAUUCUUAAGCACUACUUUUUUUUUUUUUUUUUU